AUGAAAUUGGAGCAGGCGCUACAGCUUAAAGAUAAAUGGGACCGGGAAUUCAGAAGUUUUUGUGAGGUAAAGUCUCAACAAAGUCCUGCUCGCAUUACGCACUUUGGUCAUGACAAGUGUUUAACUGUCGAGCUAGAGAAGGCAGAGGAGACUGUGAUUCUUGACAAGCGUGAGCUCGAACGGUUAAUGAAAAAGGCAUUCCUUUCUACAAGACACAAUACACCAUCACAAAUCGAGCUUAUAAAUCACGUUCAAGGCUGUUCUGCAUGCACAAAUCGAUUACACUUUUGCGAUUCAUGCACCGAGAAAGCGUCCGAGUUCUUUAGCAACUUUUCUUCAGCUGAGCUUUUUGCCCGAUACGGCAAUAAAUUACCACCCGCCGACGAAAUUGAAUUAGCUGCGUUUGUAGAAUCUGUCAAUCUUCGUGAAGCUCGAGCUAUUGGCCAUGGAUUUGUUGACGCUUAG